AGCAAUAUUUUAAAAAUAACAAAUCCCAACUAAAAAAAAGCAUAUUUUUUGUGAAAGCGUAGCGCAUUUGUGACUACUGCGUACAAUUAUAAAUUUGUUUUCAAGAAAAUCACUAUUUAAUUAACAAAAGAUGUGCAUGAAUUCUUCAUUUUCAGAAAUAUCUAAGUGAAGUCUAAACUGGUGGAAAAUGGUGUCGACGAGGCAAAUGAGCAGCGUCGGAAGUGGCAAUGGAGGCAGCGAUGGUGCGGGUCCUUCGCAUGCGGAGCCCGUGGCGGUGUCCCGCGUCACUCGUCACUCCAGCGCCUUGAUGCCGGGAGGCUCCUCGCCGCACGCCAGUACCUCCAAGUGCACUUCAAUAUUGCCCGCUCCUAAGACCUACACCACUAACUUACUAGAUCUGCCUGUGGAAGUUAUUGAGAAGAUUAUAUGCUAUUUGGGCUUCAAAAGUGUUUCACAUCUCAGAAUGGUCAACCGGCAGUUCAAUUCAGUAUGUAGUAGUAUAUUAAAUUCUACAUUUCAACGGUUACAAAAUCAAAUGUUACAUAGAUUUCAAUCAAUAAAAGCCAAGAUGCCUCGUAGAGAGUCUGCUCGUAGGAGUCACCCAUUGGCAUGUGAAUCGGAUAUCAUUGAGACCUUACACAUGAGACUGAGUCUCCUACAAAUGACAUUUGGGAAGCACAUUGAGAGGAAACAUUGCUGUUUCUUCCCUGGAGAGAUAUUAGAUGAAGUAUACAGUAUUCUGUCAUACUUAAAAACCACAACGAAAUUGGCAAGACCUUACAAAGUGACUGAUGAACUUUUUGAUUUGACGACUAUGGCCAUGGAAUACUUCAAAGAGCAUAUUGAACCUAACCUACCUGAAAUUACGUAUUUUGGUACUGAUUUCUUUGAUAUCACUACGGCAUUUUCACCCGGCGAGAGCAGUAAAUCGUACAUCUGCCUGGACUCGCCGCCGCCCAGCGGCUUCGAGUCGUCUUCGUCGCAGCCGGUGGGCGCCAGCGUGUCGGACCGGCGCGUGUCCACGCUCAACAUGUACAUGGAGGAGAGCUUGCCGCCCUCGCCGCCGCCGCCGCAGAGCAACAUGGUGCUCAGGAAACGGAUACACCGCAUAAAGCAGGGGAUGAAGAAAUACAACGACCAGCUGUCGGCGUUACGUAGCGAUCUUCGCGGUUGCAAACGCAAGACCGCUCUCCAACAGAAACAAAUAGCUGAACAACAAAAACAGAUUGCCGAGCAGCAGAAGCAGACGUUGGAAUACGCGAACCGUCUCGAUGAUUAUGAUAAGAAGAAUGAAGAGACCAGCCGCAAGUUUCAAACUUUGCUGCAGGAGUUAAAUAAGUGCAAGACAGAGCUGCAGUACUGGCGCUCGCGCUCGCCCGCCGUGCCGCCGCUCUGCGCGGAGUGUGGCGCCGCGCUCAGGCUGUCGCCCGCGCCCUCGCUGGCACAGUGGGCGGCCGGCUCGAGUUCAGAAUCGGCUGAGUGUGAGGUGGGAGGAGGCGACGCCGAGGUGUUGGUCGCGCCCAGCGCGCCCGCCGACUGCGCCACAGAGCUGCCGCGCACCGAACUCAAGCCCGACGCCAAGCCCAAGCCCGACACCAAGGCCGAGCCCAAGGCCAAGCCCGAGAGCAAGGCCGAACCCAAGACCAAGCCCGAGCCCAAGGCCGCGGCGGCCGGCAAGCCCGAGCUCAAGGAGAGCAGCAAGAGCGGCAGCGAGGCGUCCGCGAGCGCCGCCAGCCCCGCCGCGCGCCUCCGCGCCUCGUGCGACGCGGGCCCCGCCGCGCACACGCCCGAGCGCAAGAAGCGCCGCCUCACGCGCCCGCGCAAGCUGUGAGCGCGC